AUGGCUUCAUUAUCAUCAACACUUCAGCGCUCCGCCGCCACCCUAUGCAUCACAGCAUCCAGGACCCCAACACGCACGGCCCCCUCCGCGGCUGCAGCCCUCCGAGCCAUCUCCACGCCAACAACAAGAGGCCUGUCCACAACACCAACACCCAAGACAAGCUUCCUCCGCGCCCAGCAGUCAACAUCUCUCAAGCCAUACUCGACUAAGACCCCGUACCAAGUGCAGACACGCCAGAACAGCAUCAAAGCUUCCCCGGGUAGUCUCCGGCAAUGGGGGUUUGAAGAAAUAACCGCCGCCCUCCCAACAACCUCCCCAAACUCCCCAACCCACGCCCCCCUAAUCCUAAUCGACGUCCGCGAACCCGCCGAAUUAACCGGCACCGGCAUUAUCCCGUCCGCCGUCUGCAUCCCGCUAGCAUCACAGCCCGACGCAAUGUAUCUGACACCGGACGAGUUCGAGACGCGGUUUGGAUUCCCGAAGCCUGAUCCGGGCCCGUCGGCGGAGGGCGGGGAGCCGGCGCAGAUGGUGUUUUAUUGUAAGGCUGGGGUGCGGGCUAAGGCUGCGGCGCAGAUGGCUGUGCAGGCGGGGUAUGAUCCGGCGACUAUUGGGGUUUAUAUGGGGAGUUGGUUGGACUGGGAGAGGAAUGGGGGGAAGGUUGAGAAGUGGGAGGGGGCGGAUUUUUAA